AAGAGAUCCUAAUGUUAUCUCAAUGUAUGAGAAGAAAGAGCACUUGGAAACUAAUGAAAUUGAUGAGAGUACACCAGAAAAGAUUGGUUCAAAUGCAAAUUUAGGAGAAACCUCCAUCAGAGAAAAAUCAACUGUCAGUAAGGGCAAGGGGAAACGAAUUUCGGCAGAAAAGGAGGUUUCUGCACCAAUUGAGCUUCCCGACACACCUACGGAAUGUACCCAAAGGGAGGUCAAUGUUGAAUUAAAUGAAGAGGUCAAAAGAAACUUGAAUGAUGAAUUUUCAAGCACUGGGAAUGGCAAGAAGCUGAAGAUCAAAAUCAAACAGGAACCGCUCUAGAGCGGGUUCAGUUCAUGAAUAACAUUGAUGAUAUUUUGUUGGCACCUACUAUGGUGUUUAUUGUUAUUUGAAAACAGUUUCAUGCACAGGACGUAUGCCUUCUCUUUUUGGGAUAACUGAAAACUGUGUAACAG